ACAGUUCCUGUCGUUACGAUGGAGGCGCUCGUUGGCGAGACAAUCUAUCUGCCGUGCAACGUCAGCACACACGAACCGGGUGACAAUGUCGUGCUGGUGCUAUGGUACCGGGAAGAUAAAGGAUCGCCCAUAUACAGUGCUGAUACUCGAGGGCGUGAGAUCGGAUCGGCCAAGCGCUGGUCCGAUGAUGCCAUGUUCGGCGAUCGGGCGUACUUCCAGUUCGAGAAGGAACCGGGCGAACUGGCGGUACAGAAUGUUCGCGAAACCGACAGUGGCAUGUACCGGUGUCGGGUGGACUUCAUCGUAGCACAAACUAGAAAUAGUGUCGUAAAUCUUACAAUAAUCGUCCCGCCGGAGCGGAUGGUGAUACGUGAUCAGCUCGGCAUGGAGCGCACGACGGUGGCCGGACCGUACAGCGAAGGGGACAACAUCAAGCUGCGCUGUGACGUGUACGGUGGUCGGCCAACGCCGACCGUUACAUGGUACCGGGACGGUGUGCCAAUGGCAGCCGACACCAAGUACAUGCCGCUCGGGAAGCAUUUGCGGAGUGAGAUUGCGCUCGGUCCGCUGACCCGCCAGGACCUGCACACCAAGCUCGUCUGCCGGGCGACCAACCAUGCCCGGGCCAAUCCAGUGGAGCAGUCCGUCCAGAUCGAUAUGAACUUUGCUCCACUUAACAUAAGACUGAUCGGCGCCCAUCAACCGUUGUCGGCCGGCCGAAGAUAUGACCUUCUGUGCCAAAGUGCUGGUUCACGGCCAGCCGCUUCCAUCACCUGGUUCCUGGACGGUGUGCGGCUCGACAAAAGCAAGGAAACGACAUCGGCCGACGGCAACCAAACCACAAGCACACUAUCCAUCGUGUUGAACCGAACCGAUGCGGGCAAAUAUUUGUCCUGCAAGGCGUACAAUUCCUACGUGCAAUCGGACGCCCUCGAGGACGGUUGGCAGCUGGACAUUCAGUACGUACCAGAUGCGACCGUCAGGCUAGGGAGCUCCCUGGACCCGAACGCAAUCCGUGAAGGCACGGACGUUUACUUCGACUGUAUCGUCAAAGCGCAUCCGGCCGUUUAUAAGGUCGAAUGGAAGCACAAUAACAAAACGCUAACACGCAACAUAUCGCAGGGUGUCAUCGUUAGCAAGCACUCGCUAGUGCUGCAGGGCGUCUCACGUACCACCGCCGGCAACUACACCUGCGUCGGCUUCAAUGCCGAGGGUGAAGGUAGCAGCCCUACGUUCGAGCUGAAUGUGAUGUAUGCACCGACCUGUGCCCCGAACCAACCGCGGGUGUACGGUGUGGCCAAGCAGGAAAAUGCCGAGAUACGCUGUGUCGUCGACGCUAAUCCACCGGACGUGGAGUUCAAGUGGACGUUUAAUAAUUCAGCCGAAAGCAUCGAUGUGCAGGCGAGCCACAUUUCAAGACUGGGCACGUCAUCGAUCGUAUCGUACACGCCAAUGACCGAGCUCGACUACGGUACGCUGCUCUGUUCGGCGACCAACAAGAUCGGCAAGCAACGGCAACCGUGCGUUUUCCACAUCAUCGCUGCAGGUCGGCCGGAUCAAGUACACAACUGUACGGUGGCGAACGUGUCCAUGACGUCGUUGGCGGUUCGUUGCUAUGAAGGAUUCAAUGGUGGGUUAGCGCAAUCCUUCUUUCUCGAGCUGCGCGACAGCCACUCGCAAGAGAUGCGCUUCAACAACACCUCGCCCGUGCCACGGUUCACGGUGCCAAAUCUACACCCGAGCGCCAUCUACCAGCUGGCCGUGUACGCGUUCAACUCGAAGGGCCGCUCGGAACCGUACGUCAUGAGUGCCGCCACCCAGCGACUGCCGGAGAAGCAGAUGAAGGACUCGGAGAAGGUGGAGCGUCCCCGAUCGCCGCUACCGCUCACGCCUACCCUGUCGAUUGCUAUCGGGUUGGCGGCGGCCGUACUUAUUGGCAGCUGUGCCAUCGUGCUGGCACUGAAGUUCCCGUGCGGGGCGGGUGGCCGACGGAACAAGGAGACGGCCCAGAGUACGACCGUGCGGACAUCAUCGCCCGGACCGAGCGAUAAAAGCGUCGCCAGCAAGGAGUACGAUGGUAACGAGAGUGACGAGAAAAACCCGGACGUUAUUCCGGACACAAUCGAUUCAGAUGAUCAGAUGGAGUUCAUCAAACGAAGACAACACAUAUCGACCAUUGACACAAGCAGUCCGAGCAGGUUGCUACUGACGACCACCGCACCGAAUCAAAACUUCAUCGGUUCGUCAAUGGCGGCCGCACUGCAUGCCAACCAUUCCUCCACCCUUGGUUACUGCACGCUCCGUAACGGUGCACCGCAGGCCUCCAACUCCAUCACGAACGUGUCGAUGUGCCACAUGCCGUCGACCUUCACGACGGCAUCCCACACGACCUGCACGCUGCCGCGGCAUCCGGUGACGGCCGUCAGCGGGCCCGGCCCGGGCAUUGCGAUGCCACCCAACGCGCACCACUGGCCAUCGUACGGUGGUACGAUCGCGGGUGUCCGCAACAUAACGGCCAUCUCCGUCACCAGCAACCAGGGCUCGCCGGCCCCACCGCCACCGUCGGCCAUCGCAAUGCAGCAUCUCGGACCGACGGCCCGGACACGGGUGUGCAUCGGGCUGCCCGAGGACGAAGUGUCCGCCGAUACGCCCCUCAUGAUGAAACGCGAAAGCACCGUAUGACUAUAGGAGUCUCACAGGGUCGGUGAUACGGCCCUGUG